CACCAACAUUUGCCCAGUACCUUUUGCUUUUUAUUGCUCUUUCUCUCUCUUCUGUUCAUAAAAAAACGAAAUAAAAAUAAAAAUAAACAAAAAGUCUGAUUCUCUCUCUGUCUCUGUCUCUCUAUUACUCUCUUCUCUUUCUUUCCCUUUUUGCUUUUCUGAAAAUCGUGCUCUCUUUUCUUUCUCUUUCUCUUUCUCUCUGUCUUUUACUCUCAAAGAGACAGAAGUUCAGCUAUGCAGAAUAAUGAUAUGGGGAUGAGAUGGCCCUUCUUCUGAUAAUGGCUCAGCAAAGUAUACCCAACAAUGCCAGCAAUAAUGCUUCCCAACAACACCAUGAACACCAACUGUUGAAGCCCAUUUUCCAUGACUUUUUGGGCAUGAAGCCCACUGAUUCCCCUACGGUUUUGGCCCCCAAGACCACCAACACCACGACGACGACCGCAGAUGUCAGGCUUUCUGAGGUCUCCCCUUCUGCCUCUGCCUCACUUGGGGCUUCCUCUGGCGGUGGCCGUGGUCCUAUCUCCGCUACCUCCGAUCCUGCCUCCGUAGAGAGACAGGUUGGAAAUCAUCUUGAAGGGGUUUCAUUCUAUGGUCCGAGGAGUGAUAUUUCUGGACAUGAGAUAAGUAAUAGGAUGGUGGGAAGUAAGAGAAGUAAUUCAGACUCUACUUUUAUGGGAUCAUCCAGAGAUGGAAUCCCUCAUAUGGUUUCUGAUUCUGUUGAGGGCUCGCAUUUGCUGAAGAUACUUAGAAAUGGAGUGGUUGGAGAGAGACCUAGACGGUCCAAUGACGAUGAAGUGGCCUUUGUCACACAGCAACCACGGCCUACUUCUGCUCUUAUGUUCCAACCUCCAGCUGGUGUUAGGGCUGACAACAACAUUUCCAAAUGGGAUCGAUCAAUUCCAAUGAAUGUGGGCACUUCUAUGCAGUACCCUCCUCGAGGGGGUCAUUUUGUGCCUUUCAUGCCUCAAGUACCUUCAAACCGAUUUAGGGAUGCCAAUAUCAGUCCUUCAAAUAUCUCUCAAUCUGCUGCAGAUGAGGGAUCUAGAACUGGAAUUAAAGGCCAAGGAAUUUUGAGUUCUAUUAAUGCAGCCAGUGGUGCUUCUGAGAGAAACUCAUCUGUGGCCCUGCCAAGUGGUAGCAGGCAAAAGUCUGGGGCCAUUGUUCGAGAGCCAGAAUCGUCAACUCCGCCAAGUCAAGAUGGAUUUGCAUCUGCAAGUCGGCAGAUGACUAUAUUUUAUGGUGGUCAAGCUCAUGUAUUUGAUGAUGUUCAUCCAAACAAGGCAGAUGUUAUAAUGGCCUUGGCUGGAUCAAAUGGAGGAUCUUGGUCAACGACCUAUUCACCAAAAUCUACUGUUAAGCCAGCUGGUGAAAGUCACAUUCGCAGUGGAGAGGUUGAAACUGGAAAUGCAAGUAACAUGGUCUUUCUGCAAGAACAUCGUGGGAGGUCAUGUCUCCCUGGCAAUUCUACUCAAGGAGUUGGUUUUGGUGAUCGAAUCUCAAAACCAGCAGGUGGCCUUCAAGUCAGCACUUUAACCAAAGACAUGAGAAACUCAGUUCAAGCUGCAGAGCCCACUUCUAAAGAGAAAACUGAGCUGUGAUGUUAAAACCGAGUCUUAAAUAGUGUUAUCUAUCUUAAAUUUAUGAACAUCCUUUUUCAAAAGAAGAAAAGAAAAAAAAAAAAUGAAAAAAAAUAAAAAAGAAAAAAAUCUUUGCUCCGUUUCUUGGGAACCAACUUUUUUUUAAAUUUUUUUUUUUUUUUUUUUUUUUCCCCCCCUUGUCUUAUUAACCUUUUCUAAUCUUAUGCACGGGUAGUUGUAGUUCGGUUGGUUUCUAGUUUAGUAGUUUCAGUAAUGCUAUCAUUUUCAUAUUGGGACAUACAACCUUAGUUUCAGCCCUGAUGGAAAUUGGGUCAUUACAAGUUAGUCCUACUUAUGAAUUUGCUAGAAGGCGGGUGGUAUUGUUCACGGUACCAAAACGUGUAGGCAAUUUGUAUGUGCAGUUCAUAUUAUAUGUUUGUCAGAAAGGUUAGCUUAAAAUGUGUAUCUAUGUGAAAUUGGACUUGAUUUGGCUCUGAAAUCAGCUUUGGGUUAUGAAAAUUUUCCCACCUUAAGAACGAAGAGUUUGUUUCAUUA